CCACUUUUUCUCUCCCCUCCCUCCCUCUCUCCUGCACCCCACCUCUCUUCCUCCCUCCCCUCCUCUUUUUCACGCACCCCCUCUCUUCCCCUUUCUUCUCCAUUUCAAUUUUUUUUGAAAACCUUCUCCAUUUCAGUAUCUUUCUCCUUCUUUAAGACUUCCAAUUUUUACCAUCUUUCCCCCAUCCAACCUUCGAUCUUCUCCUGCUUAUCUCCUCUUCCACCGGUGACGUUGCCGACGGAGGCCCUACGCCGGUUGCCGACGGCCGGCCUACUCCGGUUGCCAUUUCGGAUGCAACCUCAAGGGAAGACAACAAUGAAGGCAAAUCAAGAAGUUUUGAAUAACUUGAGUAGCAAAUCUUCUUUUCUGGAUUUUGUUUUCUUGAUUUUUGAUGUAUUUUCGAAAUAAAAAAUGUUGUCUGUCUGACAGACAACUUGUAAGUGCAGUGUCUGUAAGAGUCUUGAAGUUGUCUGUCAUUUGAAAAAUAAUGUCUGUAAUUGAUAUUUAAUUGUUUGUCAUUUGUUUAUUAGUAGUUUGUAUUUGUAUUUGUCUGUAAGAGUCGUGAAGUUGUCUGUAAUUGAUAUUUAGUUGUUUGUCAUUUCAUUUUGAGUUGUAUAAAAUUUGUGGUGAAAAUUAAUGUCUGUCUGGUUAUCUCUAUUGUUUGUCUAGGAAUACGUAUUGUCUGUCUUUUUAUGAAACAUAUGCCAAUAUGGUAAUUCACAAUAAAAUAAUGUUUGUAUGUGUAUAUUUAAUGUCUGUCUCGUUAGACUAAUUACAUCUCAAUUAAAUAAAGUAAUUAGAUACAGUUCACAAUCAAAUACAGACAAAUCAAAACAAAUACAGACAACUCAAAAAUAAAUACAGACAACUCAAAACAACUGACAAACAAUUAACCAUCAAUUACAGACAGACAGACAACUUCACGACUCUUACAGACUCUUCACAACAACAUGACAGACAACUCAAAAAAUACAGACAACUUACAAGCAAAUGACAGACAAUUACAUAUCAAUUACAGACAUUUAGUUUUCAAAUGACAGACAACUUCACGAGUCUUACUAACAAAUACAGACACUGCACUUACAAGUUGUCUGUCAGACAAACAUCCCUUUUUAUUUUGAAAACACACCCAAAAAAACAAGAAAACAAAAUCAAGAACAAAAAAUCAAGAAAAUAAGAUCUGCUCUAAACUUCUUGGUCUACACCUUUCGUUGUUCCUUCUUGUUCACCUAGCUCUCCCCAUUUGUCCGAUUACUGUAGGUCCGCCAUUUGAAACGGAAAAAAAAGGCGGAAGACGAGAGAAGUAGGAGAAGAAGGUUGAAGGAGGAAAAGAUGGUAAAAAUGAGAAACAUUUAAGAAAUGGAGAGAUCUUGAAAUGGAGAAAAGUAAAAGAGAAAAGGGAAGGGAUGGGCUGUGUGAAAGGAACGAAGAACCAGGGGAGAGGGGGAGGGGGGAAGAAAAGUG